AUGGCUAUUCUCGACUCUCUACCUGGAAUCGAGGUUACGAUCUGCGUUGAUGGCGAGCCAUUACUAGAAUACGAAAAUAAUGAAGAUGACAUUGAGAUUGGGAUUGAUGAAGGAGUUGAUGAGGAUGUCACAAAGCAUCAGCGCUCUGUGACUGUCAAGAAUUAUAUUGAAUCUACUGCAGGUAGUUUCUUUGGUAUCCAGUGCUCCGUGGAAGAUUCGUAUAGAUAUACGGGUGAUUGUACAGAGAUAGGUUUUCAUCAAAUUGUCGAUGGCAUCCGCUUGCCCUCUUAUGACUUCGUAGAUAUCGACGAUUUCUUUAAAUCCGGAUUUGCAAGCACUUUAUUCAUUGAGGGUGCAUACUUGGAUUCUACAGAAGGGGACACAUUACGAACGUUCAAGUUUGUUGAGAUACGCAGCACCCAUGACAACGAUAAGACUGUUCCUACCAAUGCCACGACGAAGGCAUUAUCAAUCGGCGAAAUUGAAGUCUGGGUGUAUCGCGAAAUGUUUCUGAUGGAGGACGAGCGAAGAGAAGUUGGAGAACUAACGGCUUUAAAUUCCGAAGUGACUGUUAUUGAAGAAGCUCUGAAGGGAAAAGCAGUAUCGCAUGGUACAUCAUACGGUAAAUCAGAGCCCAUUGAUAUUACUGAUUGGGAGAGGUUUGAGUUUUGUGGUGAUGGCGAGGAUUACCCAAUUGCGAUAUUCAAGUUUAGAUACGGCUCCAAGAAGGAUCUCCAGGCUCUUGGGGUGAUCGAGAGGACUCCUGAGCCGGAACUUGAGUUAAAGUUUGAACCAGAAAGUAUGCUGGAGCCGAAGCUCAAGUCUGAGCCCGAAGCCAGUCAAGAUCCUAUCUCGGCGAUUGCUACAGUACCAACUGCCUCUCCUAACGUCGCACUACCAAUGAAUCCCCCAAAUAUGAACUUUCAUUCUUUGGAUCCGACACAGACUGGCCAACUGUUUGGGCAAUUCCUGCAAUAUUUGCAAACCCAGGGAGGGAUACAGUCUGCACAGACACCUGCAUCAUCUUUGCAAGGCACCAUCGCCACGGUGAUUCCAGCUCCACCCAAAUUUACACGAGCCAGUAUCAAUGCCAGUGUAGCCACCCCAGAUCCCCCAGUCAAGCGUGAGAGGGAAGAAAAUGAGACUGGGGGUCGCAAGAAACGUCGGAAGCAAAUCGGAAAACACAUCAUCGAUCUUACUGAGAACGAUUCUGACGAUGAGAUUGUCAUCGAUCUUGAUUCGGAUUGA